AUGUCGUCGGACAUGCGGCGGAUAUUCAGUAUACCUAUGGCGGCAUGCGCUAAGGAAAAAGAAAAAAACUUGCUACUCGGAGGAGAAGUGCGCAGAGACGUCGAUUCCAAGUACGCGCACGUCAUCGUCGCCGGAGAGGGUGCUGCUGGAAACAAUGCGAAGGCACUUGCAACACAAGCCGUUCUUCUCACUGCACUCGGCAACUCAUCGCCAGUCAAAUUCUCCUCGUCUGCCAGCGGUGUCCUCGCUAAAGCUGCCGGAGCUCAUGGAUCUGCCAGCGCUUAUCAAGCAGUUCACUCCGAUAGCGGACUCGCUGGAGUCUACGUUGUUGCAGAAGGCGCCCAGGCUAACCAGGUCGUCACCAAUGUGGUCGGAGCCUUAAAAUCAUUCAAGGUUGCCGACAUUGAAGCUGUCAAGAAGCAAGCCCACAACAACGCGUUGAGAGCCUCAGCCCACUCUGACAACUACUCGAUCGAAAGAACCUCUCAACUCUUCCAAUCCCAGGACAACUAUAUUGAGCUCAUCCCGAAUGUGUCUGCUAGCGACGUAGAAGCAGCCGCCAAGAAGCUUACCAGCAAGUUGUCCGUGGCCAGCUAUGGAAAUGUCAACGAGGUUCCAUACGUUGACUCCCUGUGA